CGUUGCUGUCCUCGCCGACUUCAGAAACGCAACCAGCACAACUCUUUCUCUAUGCUGCAAUUGACAGGAAGGGGUUUUAGUUAACAAACACCAUCGUAAUUCAUUUUACCUCCGUAUCAAAGCUCUUUAAAACCCUAGCCCUUCGGUUAUCUAUAAUCUUUCUUUUUCUUGUUUCUUUUUUAUACCAAAUUUUGGUGUCAAUCAUCAAUCGAUGUUACCGAAACAAGAAAAAGUACCGAUCAAUGUCGUCGACAUUGACAGUAGCGACGAUGAUGAAAACGGCUUCGAAGCUGUAACAAGGUAUGGAAACACUUCAUCAAAAGUUCCCUCUUUGCAAACUAACCCAAAAGUUCAACAGAACACUCUAACAAACCCUCCAUCGUCGGGAUCGGGGUAUCAGUCACUCGAGUCUCGAAGUUUCUGGAAAGCAGGGAACUAUAACAUUGGCCCCACAAAAUGGGCUCCUACUCAAGGUCAAUUGGAACAUGCCCGUGUUCAUCCCAAGUUUCUGCAUUCCAAUGCAACUUCUCACAAAUGGGCAUUUGGAGCAAUUGCUGAGCUAUUGGAUAAUGCUGUUGAUGAGAUUUGCAAUGGUGCAACUUUUGUGAAGGUUGAUAGAAUUUAUAAUGUGAAGGAUAACUCUCCUGCUUUACUUUUCCUAGAUGAUGGGGGUGGAAUGGAUCCUGAAUGCAUUCGGAAAUGCAUGAGUUUGGGUUACUCCUCAAAGAAGGGAAACACAACAAUCGGACAAUAUGGUAAUGGAUUCAAGACAAGUACCAUGCGACUAGGUGCUGACGUAAUCGUUUUCAGUCGUGCAUCUAAGAGAGGCGAAGCAACCCAAAGUGUUGGUCUUCUAUCCUAUACUUUUUUGCGGAGAACUGGGCAGGACGAUGUUAUAGUUCCAAUGCUCGACUUCAACAUAUCUAACCAUUGGGCAGAACGAAUACUAUAUGGCUCUGAAGACGAUUGGUCUACUAACUUGAAAACCAUUCUUGAAUGGUCUCCCUUUGAAUCAAAAGAUGAGCUUAUGCUACAGUUUGAGGAUAUCGGGCCACAUGGAACAAAAGUAAUUAUAUACAACCUAUGGCUAAAUGACGAAGGUAUAUUUGAAUUGAAUUUUGACGACGAUGACGAGGAUAUAAGGUUGAGAGAUGAAGCUAGUCGUGGAACUUUAUCCAGACCACACAAGAAAGUACUUGAAUUGCAAUCCCAUAUUUCCUACCGCUUCCGCUAUUCAUUACGGGCAUAUACGUCCAUUUUGUACCUGAAAAAAUUCACAAACUUCCAAAUAAUACUGAGGGGCAAACCGGUUGAGCAGUUUAAUAUUGCAGAUGAGUUGAGAUAUCCAAAAGUAUUCAUGUACAAACCACAGCUUGCUACAGCAGCGAAAGAGGUUUCUGUGAACAUUGGAUUUAUUAAAGAAGCACCUGCUCUUGCAGUUAGUGGAUACAAUGUCUACCAUAAAAACCGCCUUAUCAGGCCUUUCUGGAAAGUGACUAGUGAUGGUUCUUCCAAAGGAAAUGGCGUCAUUGGGGUUCUUGAAGCAAAUUUUAUAGAACCAGCACAUGACAAGCAGGAUUUUGAGAGAUCAUCUCUGUUCAUCCGGCUGGAAAUAAGGCUGAAACAGAUUGUAUCAGAUUUCUGGAAAGGCCACUGUCACUUAAUAGGAUACCAGCCUAUUGAUCCCAGUUUGCGUAAUAUACAGAAGGAAAGCCCUGUCCAAACUCCUGUUGGACAUAUGGCUAAUGUACCGAAGCAGUUGGCAAAUGAUCGUACCAUUGGAAUUUCAGGGAAUGCACAAAAGGAAAUGCAGCGAGAUCAUCCUAUUAUUGGUCUUGCAGCUGGGUCUGCUCUGGAAGUGGCAUCUGUAGAUAUUUCAGGGCCCGCAUCCAUCGAUCAGAUAUGCGAAGAGAACAUCCAACUGUUCAGGAGGUGUGAAGAACAUAUCCAGAAGGAAAAUAAGUUGAAACAGAUGGUCAAAGAUUUAGAGAAACAGGUGGAAGAAACCAAAAGGAAGUGUGCUCAACUCUCUGUGCAUUUGGAAAGUAGGAGGAAGCAAAAAGUAAUGCCAUAGCCUGAUAAACUACAGGAACAUCAUAAGGAAAAGUCUUGGUUGUAACUAGGGCAGGAGGUUUUAGAUUUUACUUCUAAUUUUGAAAAGUUUUAGGUUUUACAUUGUUGAUUCUUUGUUGAUAGUAAUGUACUAUGUAGCACAAAUGGAUAACUAAAAUGGAAAAAGGCUUCAUUUCCAAAAGAAAUAUGGAGAUUAUAUCCAAAUGGUGAUGUUCCUUCUAUUCAGUUCUUGAUUUCAUCAAGCCCAUGUUGCGAAUGGAAUUUCCAAAA